GCCAUUAAUCACAGUAGAAAGUCAGACGAAUUAAGUUAGUUUUGCGAACACUUUACCACUAGCGAAAAUGAACAAAGAAGAAUUUUAUUCCAACGUUUGCCACUAUUCAAAAGUAACGAAAGAUUUCAUUGUACGACAAUAUCAUCGUUUCGCCAAUUUCUUGGCCCGAAAGAGGAUGGAGAGUCGAAAGAAUGGAUGUUUCGUAAUGCUGGGUAUGAGAUGCACCAAAUUUGUGUUCAUUCUGAUGAACAUAUUCUAUCUGAUGAUGGCGCUGUUCAUGAUAAUAAUGGGAUCGUCCAGCUAUUACGCACUUCAAACGUUCUUCAAUGUGAUUUGGUUGGACGUUCAGGGAUUAUCGAUUAUCUGGAUAGUGUCCGGUGUAUUGUUAGGGCUCAUUUCUAUUUUUGGCAUUAUUGGAGCGCUCAAAGAAUCAAUUGUAUGGACCAACAUAUAUGGCGUUCUUUUGAUCGUAACAUUUUUCUUACAAAUACUAACAUCAAUCGCUGCAUUUUGUUUAGUUGCUACUGGUAGUUCCAGGGAACAUGCCGCGGAUAUGGUUGAUUAUCUAAUGAGACAUUACUACCUCGAUGUUGAUGCUGCCGAAAAAAUGGAUAAUAUCCAAAGAACUUUACAAUGCUGUGGCGCAGAAAAUGCUCGCGAUUGGGAAAAUAUCGAUGAUUAUCUCAUUACCUACGAUCCAUUUGCAUUUGUAACUGGUUCAAUGUCAACGGAACCAUCAAAGGACCGGACACCGGCUUCAUGCUGUGAUCAAUCGAGAUAUAACAGCUAUGAUGAUAACAUUUGCGACAAAUACUAUCAGAAGGGAUGCACCUUGGAUGUGUCUAAUCUGGCUGCUGAAACUGUUUUGAUUGUUGCAAGUGUUCUACUAGCAAUUGGCGCGUUUCAAAUCCUCGGUAUGUUCAGUUCGUUCAUGUUAGCGAGAAUGUUCCGAGAAGCAUCCACAUAUCGAAAUGUUCAGAAGUUCAGUUCACAGUACGACAAGGUCUUUGAUGUACCGACAUAUGUGGAUUAUGAACGCCUGCAUAACACCAAUGACGAUGUCAACGGAAAUUAGUUAUGAGGAUGAGGAAAUUAUUAUUAUUAUUAUUCCGCUUACAGAACUAUACCAAUUAAUGAAAUGAUUAAAUAAUUUCUUAAACAAUCAA